AUGGCUGCACCAGCUGAGCCGGCUGAAGCGCCAGCUGAAGCGCUGACUGAAGUGCCGACUGAAGGGCCGACUGUAGCGCCGACUGAAGCGCCGACUGAAGCGCUGACUGAAGGGCCGACUGAAGUGCCGACUGAAGCGCGGACUGAAGCGCCGACUGAAGUGCCGACUGAAGGGCCGACUGAAGUGCCGACUGAAGUGCCGACUGAAGGGCCGACUGAAGUGCCGGCUGAAGCGCGGACUGAAGCGCCGGCCGAAGCGCCGACUGAAGCGCCGACUGAAGUGCUGACUGAAGCGCCGACUGAAGGGCCGACUGAAGUGCCGACUGAAGUGCCGACUGAAGGGCCGACUGAAGUGCCGGCUGAAGCGCGGACUGAAGCGCUGGCCGAAGCGCCGACUGAAGUGCCGGCUGAAACGCCUGUGCGUGCCGUGGAUUGUCCUGGAGCACAUGGCUUGCAGAAAACGAACCUCGGAAAUCUGGGCCGCAUGUGCGACCUUUGCAGUGGAUUCUUGCCUCCCGGAAGCAUCUCUUAUGCCUGCAAAGACUGUGGCUUUGAUGUUUGCCCACCCUGUAUGGAGCCUGAUGGCCCCCGCAAGAACGCCAUGGCCAACAAACUUCUCAGGUAUUUGGAACAAACUCAAAGCUAUGCAGAUCAAGGGAAUCAGGCACGUGCCCGGGAGGUCUUGCCUGAAAGAUUUCUGGAGCAGGUUUCAGAUGGAAGUGAUGCUCAAGAUCAGUUGAUUGACUUGUUGAAGUGGUUCAAGAACGACUUCUUCCGCUGGACAGACAGUCCAUUUUGCCAGACCUGUUCGACCAAAGCCACGAAGAACGAAGGCUUUGUUGAGCCAACAGAGAAAGAACUUCGCUAUGGAGGAAAGAGAGUGGAAUCCUGGCGCUGCACUGGUUGCGAUGCCCUUCUGCGGUUUCCGCGUUUCAACGACGCGGUGCACUUGCUGGAGACGCGCCAUGGUCGGUGUGGCGAGUGGGCCAAUUGCUUUACUCUUCUGUUGGCGGCCUUGGGAUUUCAGGCGCGUUUGGUGGUCGACUGGACCGAUCACGUUUGGAGCGAGGUGCGUGUGGGAGAGCGCUGGUGCCACUGCGAUUCGUGUGAAGCAGCCUUGGAUUCACCACUGAUGUACGAGUGCGGUUGGGGCAAGAAACUCUCGUAUAUUAUCGCCUUUAGCGCGCAAGAAGUGGUGGAUGUCUCUCCCCGCUACACACAGCAAUGGCCGCAGCUCCUGACACGGCGUCAGUUGUUGCCGGAAGAAGAGCUUGCCAAGUUAGUGCAAAGUCAAGACUUGCUUGCGCGGUCAAAGUCAGGCCUAGCAGACCCUCCUUGGCGCAGUGCGGAGAGAACUGAACUUGAUUCCUUGCAGGUGGCACGAGAUGCUGCGGCCUCUUCGGCGGAGCAGUGUGGACGCAGCUCGGGCGCGCUGGAGUGGCGCCUGGAGCGCGGGGAGUGCGGACAGAAAGCAUUGCAUCCGCUUUUGGAGGACUCUGACUUCCUUCUGCUUGCCGGAGACACAGAUGACUGUGAUGGUACAGUGAUGGCAGAACUGGUGUCUGGCGCCGUGGUUGCUCAGCUUGGCCCAAGUAAAUGUUUGGACCUGCAAGGGGACCUGGCUGCAGUCGAAAUGACGCCAAGCCACGAUGCCUUCCUCUCAGAGGAAGGUUUCACAGUGGAAGCCUGGGUCUUUGCCAAGUCCGAGGAUUUGCGUGCUGAGUCCUUCAUGAAUCCCAUCGUCUCACGUCAUGGCCCGGCCACUGGUUGGGAGCUACGACUCUGUCGGAAGGGAGGACUGGUCUUCCUCAUCACCAUCAAUGGCCAGCACAUUGAACUGACCACCGAGGGGCGCCCAUGGCGGUCACAUUGGAUUCACCUCGCCGGCACUUUUGAUGGGACCACGCUUCGUGCCUACAUUGCCAAGGAACUGGUGGGUGAACUGGAGGUUGGCCAAGACGCGCGGAGCACGCGGUCGAAUUUCUUGGGGCCGCUCUGCUUUGGGCGGAACCCGGCCUGGAGGGACCGCAGUGCCAGGGUUUGCUUGCAUUCGGCCAAGGAGGUGCCCCUGGAGGAGGCGGAUAAGGAGGAUCUCGCUGACACGCUGAAGCGACGCAUUUCUUCCUCGCGCAGCGAGGCGGCGACGUGCGCCGCGAAGGGCGAUUCGAGUCGAAUGAGUCGCUUUUGUUUGGUGCUGCUUCUGGGCGGUGAUCUUUUACCUGAGGGCAGGUCAUUCGACAGCCUUGGUAGGCCCAGCGAAGUGGCUGUGGCCUUCCAACAGCUCGUCCAGCAGUACCAGACACAGCUUUGGAGCGCCAGCGCCAACGGGGAGCUUGCGACCGUCCGGCGCUUGCUGCAGCAGUUCCAGGAUCCCAAUGGCCGGGAUGAGCAGGGCGAGUCGGCUAUUUGGAAGGCCAGUGUUGCGGGACAUGUCGACGUGGUAGAGUUGCUUCUGGAGGCCUCCGCCGACCCGUCCGCGCCGGCGGACGGCGGCGUGACGCCCCUGUUCGCCGCGGCGCAGAACGGAUGUUCGGGCGCGGUGCGGAGCCUGUUGGAGGCCAAGGUGGACAGUAACCAGUCGGACCAGCACGGGCGCACGCCGUUGUCAGUGGCGGUGCCGUCAUGGCCGCAGGUCGUGCGAUGUUUGUUGGAGGCGGGAGCUGACAAGGACAAAGCUACAGAGGACGGCCGCACGCCACUCUUCAUCGCCGCCGAGAGUAACCACCCAGUGGUGGCCAUGAUGCUCUUAGAGGCCGGUGCUGAGCAAGAUCGUGCCACUGAAGAUGGCCGAACACCGUUGUUUAUGGCCGCCUAUGAUGGGAAUUGUGCCGUGGUCCAACAUUUGCUCCGCUUCGGCGCCCAAACAGAUCUCGCCACCGAAGACGGCCGCACGCCGCUGCUCAUCGCCGCCGGGAAAGGCUACUUAGACAUUGUCCGGAGCUUGUUGAAUGCCACCUGCGAUGUUGGACGGGCAGAUCGGUAUGGCCACAAUGCCCUGUUUAGCGCCGCGAUGAACGGGAACCUGGCAGUGGUCCAAUGCUUGUUGGAUGCCGGAGCGGCCACGCACGAACGCGGCCGGUCAAGAGAAGGAGAUCCCUUGAUCGUGGCGGCGGAGAACAACCACUUCGACGUCGUGAAGGCCCUGCUGGAACAUGGCGUCGCCGAUGAGAAGGUGUUGGCACGAUAUCUUCUACAAGUGGACACAGAAGAUGAGGAUCCAUUGAUGCAGACACCCGGGCUGGUGACUGCUGCGCAUGUGGGGCAUUUGGGGUUGGUGAAGAUCCUCCUCGAAGCCGGUGCUCCCAGGGACAAGGCUGACCAGUUUGGGCGGAGCCCACUCUUCAUUGCAGCAGGGAAUGGCCAUUUGGAAAUGGUGGAAACUCUCCUGUCAGCCAGGGCCGUCCUCAAUGCCACCGAUCGUUUCAGCCAGACGCCGCUAGUGAGCGCUGUCCACUUCGGCUGCGAGCGUGUGGUGCGUUGCCUAUUGGAGGCUAAGGCUGCCUGGGACAAGGCAGACCAGCAUGGACAUUCGCCCCUCUUCAUCGCUGCGGGGAAAGGCAACUUGAAGGUGGUGCGAGCCUUGCUGGAUUCCUCGGCUGACAAAGAUCAGGCCGACGGUUCAGGGCAGACGCCGCUCUUCAUUGCCUGUGACCUGGGCUUUCUGGAGAUUGUCCAAUGUCUCCUGGGCUCCGCUGCGGAUCCGGACAAGGCCACGGUGGUGGGCAAUACACCGUUGCUCAUCGCGACAGAGCGAAGCCACCCGGAGGUGGUACGAUGCUUGUUGGAUGCUGGAGCUGACGAUACUUUGGCCAACAAGGAUGGGCAGGUGCCCAUCUCCAUGGCCGAUCACCGGGGCAUUGCUUGGUCAUUGAUCCAAUCCGCGGAGAAGCGGCGCCGCCUCGGGCGACACGCGGAAGACUCAUAA